CAAGGAUUUUUCCGUUUGUUUGACUACAGCAUUAGUGUUAUCCCAUGUCAAGUCAAUUUGUGAGUUGGACUUUAAAAAAUUAGAUUCGCCUACAUUGUACAUAUUAGUGUUAUUUUCUAAGUCAUAAGUCUUAACAGAACGGUACUGGAGAUUUUUGAGUCGGUGUUUCAAAUGGCAUACAAUGGCCCUCAAAUUGUUAUAUGUACUGUGAUUGUUGUAUCGUUUGGUUUGCUGUAUGGGAUAACCUCUCUUCUACAGUCUUCCUCUCCUUCUGUCCAUGAUGAAGGGUCAUUCCAGAGUACGUGGAUGUACCGGCUCUUAAUCAAUCUGAUCGGUUAUUCAACAAUACUUUUGCCAGGGUACUUUAUUUUUAAAUACGUACGAGUCACCAAGUACCUCGAGAGGUCUGGUGCUGGAUGCCUUUCAAAUAUAAUCGAUUGCUGUAUUAAUGGCAGAGAGCCUGGUUUAGUAGAAGCUUCCAAUGAUUCUCCAGUGCGAACGCUCAAACAGGACACCUUGCUCUUGCUAUUCUGUUUUGUCGGCCUUCAGGGCACUUACCUCACUUGGGGUAUUCUUCAGGAAAAAGUUAUGACACAGGAGUACACAAAUAGCGCUGGUGAUGUCGGACAUUUUAAGGACUCACAGUUCCUAGUGUUUGUGAAUCGCAUAUUGGCCUUUACACUUUCCGGGAGUUACUUACUUCUCAGGAAACAGCCAAAACACACAAUGCCCCUUUACAAGUAUGCCUACUGCUCAUUCUCAAACAUCAUGAGCUCUUGGUGCCAGUAUGAGGCUCUCAAAUAUGUCAGCUUCCCAUCUCAAGUAUUAGCCAAAGCAAGUAAAUUGAUUCCAGUUAUGAUAAUGGGGAAAAUAGUAUCAAAGCAGAAAUAUGAGUAUUACGAGUAUGUAACUGCUGUUUUAAUAUCGAUCGGGAUGACAUUUUUCAUGUUAUCGUCAGCACCAAAAAAAGAUGAGACUGUGACUACAAUGUCAGGAAUAAUUCUUCUUGGGGCGUACAUGACGUUUGACAGUUUCACGUCCAAUUGGCAGGGCGCAUUGUUCACUCAGUACAAAGUCAGCCCGGUGCAGAUGAUGUGCUGCGUCAAUUUGUUUUCAUGCCUCUUCACCUCUGUCUCUCUCUUUCAACAGGGUGCCUUUUCCACAUCGCUUCAGUUCAUGGCAACGUUUCCUAAGUUUACCAUCGAUUGCCUUCUGAUAUCAAUAAGUUCAGGAGCUGGACAACUUUUCGUGUUUUUCACCAUUUAUUCAUACGGACCAGUUAUUUUUGUCAUCAUAAUGACUAUAAGACAGGGUUUGGCAAUCCUUCUGUCAUGUCUGAUAUACAACCAUACACUUCCACCUCUGGGAAUUUUUGGCAUCAUGUUAGUCUUUGGUGCUAUAUUCCUGAGGAUUUACUGCAACCAAAGGCUGAAAGCGAUAAGAUUGAGGUUGCAUAGUGUUUCUUCUUCUAAGGUGUGAACAAAGACCUUAGACGAGCUUUAAAUUACAUUCCAUAAGUACAAAUAUUUCUUUAGUUUUCUUCAUUUUAUGGAACAAAGGCAGA